AUGACUUUUGCAUUCUUUGCAGGGCGGUCCACUCUGCGUCGUCUCCACCAAACCGUUCAGCGAAAUCUCCACAAACAACACCAGCGGAACGAAUCGACGAAAUCGAAACACUCCUCGAAGACGAAUCCCGGAGGAGGAGGAGGAGGAGGAGAUGUUCCACAUACCACCCCGCCGAGUUCCGGAUCCUACUAUGCCUGGCUCGAACCGAUCAAAUUCCCCUUUCGCGCCUACAGCUCCAUGCAAGCUCGCUCACCCUUGACGGUGCAAUUGGAGAGCAGUCUGAUCAUCUAUUUUCUCGGCGACUUGUCCGCGCAGUUUGUGCAGACGUCGAGCUUCACCGAAGGGAGAUAUGAGCCCAUACGGGGGCUGCGAGCCAUGGUGAUUGGGGGAAUUUCGUCCAUUCCGAGCUACAAAUGGUUUAUGUGGUUGGGGAGAAAUUUCAAUUAUGAUAAACAUUGGAAAGGGCUGGUGGUGAAGAUUGUCGUGAGCCAGACGCUGUUUACGCCGAUUUUUAAUACCUACUUUUUUGGUAUGCAGACUUUACUUGCGGGAGGCACGUGGAAGGAGACUGUGGAUAGGGUUUGUAGGACGGUGCCGGUUUCGUGGGUGAAUAGUUGGAAAUUGUGGCCUUUUGUUACGGCUUUCAGUUUUACUUUUAUACCGCCGCAGAACCGCAAUAUUUUCGCGGGUUUCAUUGCCAUUGGAUGGCAGACGUAUCUGUCUUGGUUGAAUAGAGCUGCUGAAGCAGAGCUGAGAGCACAGGAGAAGAUAGAGGGCUCAUUGGGGAAGCAAAGAGACAGGAAGAGUAGCAAACAGCAGAAGAUUGAGCAAAGGUGAUGGAGAGGAAGAGCGAGGCCUUUAAAACACGGGCAAUGAGUCGAGAAGCCGCUGUGGAAAGAGCUGCCACUGGUAUGCUUGCGCAUGGGCCCGCGAAUGAAGAAGUGCGGGCUCUUUCGUGGUGCUUUCAUCCUCGAAAUUAUGAGUGGUUCUCUCUCAGAGUUGACCUCGCCAUGAGCCGUGGUGACAGCACAGCAGAAGCGAUGUGAGCACCUACGACAGCUCCUGGCCGUCCGAAACUAUGCUUCGUAGCACAACAUGUCCUACAUUGCCGAGCUGCUGCUUGAGCCAUGCUAUCUGGAUUCAACAGUACAAUGACAUUGCCUCCGGAGACGACAUCGGCAGUGCUGCUUUCUGGCAACCCGGCAUCGCUCUGAGCUGCAUGUUUUACGGCCCGAGCAAAGCGAAGGAAGUCUCCAAGAUGUGUGUGGUCGCAGCACGGCAGCCCAGCCAUCAGGUCUAUACCCUCGCUUUGAGGGACCCCAAAACACAUCAGCUCGCCUCGAUGUUGAGCUGGUCGCCUUUGGCAUACGGAAAAUGGAUGACCACAAGCGUAUAUGGCUGUAGAAGGGUGAACAUUCGCGACGACGUCUGCGAUUACAAACACUCUCCAGGCUCCUACGAUUAUGCCUGGCGAGGCUGAACAAGCGCAGCUCUCUUGCAUGUAUGUGCAUGCAGGAAAUGCCAUUCGUAUGGAGCGCCUGCCAAUGGAGUGGCGCAGAAGUGAUGGCUGCCUGAUAUGGUGCGAUAGCGACACAGCGGUGUGCACGACACAGCGCCGCGAAUGGUAUACAUAGACACCA